CGAAAACUAUAAUACAGCGAAUACAAUGAAUCGUCCGUCUCGCACAGAUGAGCCCUACGAAGGGGAGGGCUACAACCAGAGCCCGAACGCUCUGUCAAAUGACUUGACCACCAACGAAGACCUCAACGGGAUCGUCAACGCCAGGGCCCUGGAGCCGGGGGAGGAUGAUAAGGAUCUCUCGCUGGGAGACUCGGGGACGGGCGACAGGGAUAUAGUAUCGCGCUCUUACGAUGUGGACUGGGGCAAAGGCGGCGGCGGCUCCGGUCCCGCGGCUGCAGGUGCAGCUGCGGCCGCGACGACCAAGUCUGAUGGGCUUGGUCUACCCGAGGGAGAGGAGGUCCUCGCGACCCCUCUCCCUACCCUUCACUCACGUCAACUUCCUCCCGGCGACGGAGGCGACACGCCCAGGAUUCAUCGGACAUUGUAUGGUCGGGUCAAAGAGGCCAUUGUGAAGUUUGGCUCGUUCAUUGGGCCCGGGUUCAUGAUUGCUGUUGCGUAUAUCGACCCCGGAAACUACUCAACAGACGUCGCAGCAGGAGCAAGCUACCGUUUCAGAUUGCUAUUUGUCGUACUCCUGUCCAACCUCUUUGCAAUCUUUCUCCAGAGCUUGUGUAUCAAGCUCGGCACCGUCACCGGGCUCAACCUGGCCGAGGCGUGCCGGGCUUUCCUGCCGCGAUGGAUGAACUACGUUCUCUACGUAUUUGCAGAGGUUGCCAUCAUUGCAACGGACAUUGCUGAGGUGAUUGGCUUCGCGAUUGGUCUGAACCUCCUUGUGCCGGCCAUACCUCUGGUCGCAGGAUGCGCAAUCUCCAUCUUGGACGUCAUGAUCAUUCUCAUCUUUUACCGACCCCACGGAUCCAUGAGAGGCCUGCGAAUCUUUGAGUACUUCAUCAUCGGUCUGGUACUGGCAGUGGUUGUCUGCUUCUGUAUCCAGCUCUCGCUCAUCAAGGAUACGCCGGUGGGAGAAGUCUUUCAGGGGUAUCUGCCAUCGCGUGCCGUGGUCGAGUCGCAAGGCUUAUACCAAGCCUGCGGCAUCCUAGGCGCAACAGUCAUGCCGCACAGCCUCUACCUCGGCUCCGGCAUCGUCCAAGCCCGUCUCCGAGAAUACGACACGAAACACAACCUCCUGCCCCCCGAAAUGGACGAAGUCGACCUCAACGGCGACAGCAUCGACAAAGGCUACUACGUCCCCUCCGCCAAAGCAAUCAAACACUCCCUCAAAACCUCGACCGCCGAGCUGAGCAUCUCGCUCUUCACCUUUGCCCUAUUCGUCAACUCGGCCAUCCUCAUCGUCGCGGGCGUUUCCUUGUACGGGAACCCCGAGGCGCCGGACGCGGACAUCUUUAGCAUCCACCAGCUCCUCACGGACUCGAUUUCCAAGGCGGCGGGCACCAUCUUUGCUCUCGCGCUGCUUCUCUCUGGCGUCUCGGCGGGGAUCGUGUGUACUAUUGCCGGGCAGAUGGUCAGCGAGGGCGCCUUGAAUUGGAGAGUCCGCCCUUGGCUGAGACGUCUGGCGACGCGGAGUAUCAGCGUCACGCCGAGUAUUGUGAUUGCUGGCGCCGUGGGGCGAAAGGGCGUCAGCGAGGCGCUGAAUGCUUCGCAGGUGGUGCUUAGUGUUGUCUUGCCGUUUGUUACGGCGCCGUUGAUUUACUUUACCUGUAGGGAUAAGUUCAUGACUGUCCGGGAUGGACCGGACGGCGGCGCUCGAUUCAGGAUCGGGGGCGGCGGCGGCAACGACGAAGAAGAGUCUGCGACGGCGCCUGCGGAUGGGGCUGUCAAGAUGGCGAAUUCGUGGUAUACUGCCGGCUUUGCGGUCUUGGUUUGGGUCAUUAUGGCGGCGAUGAAUGUUGCCAACUUGGUUCUGCUUGGAAAGGGCGAGUGAGUAAGUGAGUGAGUGAAGGAGCGGGAAACAGCAGUGUGCCCGGUGAGGGGCAUUCCUGCUUUGAAGGUGACGCUGGUGUGUGGGCGGACACCCCAAAGUCGUCUGUCUCUGGUUUCCUUUUGACAUGGCUUGAUCUGUCUUUAAUUUUUGACUUUUGUUUGGUUUUGUGCUCGAUUUCAUGAUUUCCGUCGUUCUUUUGUUAGCUCUGAUUAGACCACACUCUUCAACCAGUGUAUUUUGGUCACGUUAUUCAGGCGAGGUUCAACCCUCCAUCAUUGUAAAAAGUCAUGCCUAAAAGAAAGGGACGAAGUACACAAGAAGAAAAAAUUUUGCCUUCUAAAAAGAGAACUUGGAAACGAAUAGGUCCUGUUAGUCAAAUCCCGUGAGCAGUGAUAUUCUACUGUCAGUCUGCGGUUUCAGUCCAAAGUCUAGG